GGUCCGGCCCCGUCGGCGCUGAGGGUCCUGUCGGCGGCGCCCGGGAGCGGCCCGGCUCCCCGAUGCUCCCGCGCCGGCUGCCGCGGGCCGGGCUGUGCGCUUAGUGCCCGGCUCUGGCCCCCCGAAGUGCCCGCGGGGGUGGGAGCGGCCUCGGCCCCGCGGAGACGGAGCGGCUGGAGGACGAGGCGGCGGCCGCGGGGAGGAGGAUGGGGGCUAACCAGUUAGUGGUGCUCAACGUGUACGACAUGUACUGGAUGAAUGAAUACACCUCGUCCAUCGGAAUUGGAGUUUUUCAUUCAGGAAUUGAAGUAUACGGCAGAGAAUUUGCUUAUGGUGGCCAUCCUUACCCCUUUUCUGGAAUAUUUGAAAUUUCCCCAGGAAAUGCUUCUGAACUAGGAGAAACAUUUAAAUUUAAAGAAGCUGUAGUUUUAGGGAGCACGGACUUCCUGGAGGACGACAUAGAGAAGAUUGUGGAGGAGCUGGGCAAGGAGUACAAGGGCAACGCCUACCACCUGAUGCACAAGAACUGCAACCACUUCUCCUCAGCGCUGUCGGAGAUUCUUUGCGGGAAGGAGAUUCCUCGCUGGAUCAAUCGUCUGGCCUACUUCAGCUCCUGCAUCCCCUUCCUCCAGAGCUGCCUCCCCAAGGAGUGGCUCACCCCCGCGGCCCUGCAGUCCAGCGUCAGCCAGGAGCUGCAGGAGGAACUGGAGGAGGCCGAGGAUGCGGCCGCGGCCGCCUCCGUGGCCGGCCCCUCGGCGGGCUCCAGACCCGGGCGCCACACCAAACUAUAAAAGGUCUCCCAAGUCUCACCCUCAGAACUGUCUCCGACCGGUGACUGUCCCCAGAGAAAAGUAAGAGAGUAAGAAGCGUCCUUUGGGUAUUUUGUAUGCAAAGAUGGCUCUCCCCCAAAUCCCAGUUUUUCAGCUCAGGAUUAUAUUUGUAAUCAAAAGAAUCACUUGGCGCAGGAGGGAGAACUUUGUACGAAGCCGCCCUCGGUUUUUUUUACCCACUUGUAAAUUGGGGUUUACUUCUGUUUUCUACAAGCUCUGUUAAGUUAUGUUUACAGUAUUUUGUAUCGCUGUUUACAAACCUUGCAUGGACUCCUGCCACCGUGAAAGAAGACAGCCUUCACGUCUCGGGAACUUCGGUGGAUCACCUUCCUCCGCUUGCGACAAUUUCCAGAGCCACGGCGUCCGCAGUCGGCACACGAAGGGCGCUUGAGCGGCUCUGGCCACCACUACCUGCUCCAGAAGGGUCGUUUAGGUUCGCGUGUGGUUCUGUUUGCGUUCGGGCACCGGGACGCCAAGGCCGAGGAGCUCCCGCAGCCCAAGGGCUCGGGGCCCGGGUCUGCGGGAAAGGCUCUGCCGGGCGGGGGGGCCUGCACCCCUGACACCUGUCCCCCCGGGCGGGCCGGCCCGUCCCAUGACGCCUCUGAUUCUGCCGUUAGCAUGGUUUUCGUUCGAGAUAGUCUUGCUAGGAACCGAGGGGUAUUUUUGCACACGUGUUGGGGGCUUCAUCGAUAUUUUAAUACGGACUGACCUCCCUGCACACGAUUUCGCCGACGGGGCGGGAGUAGCAGCAGGAGUUGACAUUCAACUGCUUUUGAACUAUUCAGGCUGCCUUUUAUACUAGACCUUGAAAACUGGAGCCUGAAGUAAUGCCCUCCACAAAGUUCACGAUUUGAUAUCCCGACACUUCGUGUACCAGACGGAGCGCGUCGGAGUUCUGUUGCUUCGUUCCGGGGGUAGUUUGACCUCAGAGUAGAAAAACCUAGUCUCAUUGACCUCUCGUUAAAGGAUGUUUGUGUGUCUUAAAACUCAUCUUUUUCUGUUCUCUCAAGUGUGUGUCUCUUACGUGACCUCCUCCCACAAGGAAAUUGUCACCACCGAUAGAUAAGUCCUCGUUAGCAAGGACUCUGUCUGCUCACAUCUACUCCCAGUUUGACCCUUGGAUGUAAGAGCCAAGUCACUACAUGUCAGAUUCAAUUUUUCUGCCUUAAGAAUGAAUGUCCUACAUAGAAUAUUGGGUGAGCGCAUAAAUUGUCCAAGGCAGUGACUUCAGCUUUAUAUAUAUUGUUAGUUUUAAAGUCACCUCCUUUUAUUUAAACUCCUAGAUCGGAUUGUUUGCUAUUUCUCUUUGUAAAGAUACAUAUCUUUCAGUAAAGGACAUUUUUAACUUUUCCAUCAGCUGACUCUGAUUCAUUGUAUCAACCUAAGCACACCCUGUUCGAGGGGAAAACGGAACCUUGGGUUAUAAGCUGUGACCUGAGGCAGAUGAAGCCACUUAACCUAAUUUAUGCUUUUGACUGUUCUGUUUCUGGAGAGGAAAGCCUUUACGGUUGUAUUCUCAGUUCUUCAGGGGGUGCAGAGCACCUGUUUAAGAGAUGUGACAGCAAGAAGAGACGAGCAUCUGAUCUUUGUGAGAAGUAGGCUUGGUCCGGGCCCGGGAACGAGAUUCAGAACACGACACUGAGACUCGGGCAGGUGUCCUCGCUCGGAGGACAGUCCUGUCGCCGAAACCCGGGUUAGUGAAAAGCGUUGGAUGCGGUUUGCUGGGGAGUGUUUUUAAAACACGUGGUGGAGGACCGUUUUCUCUAACCCAUUCUGGCAUACGCGAGCGAAGUCUGUGCUGCUCGCGGCGGCGGUCAGUGAGACCCUGGUGCGUAGCCCAGAACCCCCAUCUGCGGUCCCCAGAACCCAGCGCCUCAGCACACGUGAUUUCAUUGUCGUCAUACUUCCUCUCCUCAGCAUCCGGAGUUAGAAAUAGCGUAAAGGGUCCUCAGAGAAAUCCACGGCGGCCUGAGGCCCGUUGUCACGCCGGCAGCCAGCAGAUACGGUUCUGGGCGUGAGAUUGCCCGCAGCCUAAAUUGUACUCGAGGUUGAAAGAUACAGAAAUGUCUUCACUGUAGAAAAUCUCAUUUAAGUCCGUUCCAGGCUGCAGUUCAAAAUUGAGACUGGACUUAAUUAACUAGCAUUUAACCAGCGUCUCCCUGCCCUUGGAGGAAAAGAAUUGUUUCUCGCAAUUGUGAUCUCUGCUCAGAAAGACCCAGUCGUGAAGAUACACGUGACGGGAUGGAGUCAGAGACUCUGUCAUCGUCACCGAGCGAAACGCGUUUCUCACGUUUGGACAGAAAUAGAGUUUGGAGGGUCAGGAGCGGUGUUUCAACGCCCUUGGGUGGGUUGGGGGGGGUUGCCACCCUGAGAGGGGCGUCAGCUCUGGAACGUGGCCUCUGGCCUUGUAGGAGGCGGUGAGCCACAGUGAUGCCUGAAGCCCACCGGGGUUGCUCUGACCCACGGCUCUGGCACAGCUCCCUUCACCAGCAUUUAUUUGCACAGAGCAGGGAACUCUGGUGUAGCCGAUCGAUGGACCGUGUGCCGAGGAGACACACUACAGGCAGCUCGGGCCUCUGUUUCCACGGCUUCCCUCCAUCACAAAACGGGUAGAAAACAUUCACUGCUUCAGGGCUCUAACGUGUGGUCUUCUUGUGGCUCGGUUUCUGCAAGAUACUCCAACCUUGACACCUGCUGUGUUUCUUCGGGUUCUGUUCGGCAAGCUGGCCAUACUGCCAUCGCGUCCCGUUUUCCCUUCAGUGUGGUUUUAGGGCUCAGCUCAGUUGUUAGACUCGCAUUGUCUCCGCAGUCGAUACACAUCUUCGCUGUUUGAAAGGUGUUACAGCUGUUAAAGAAUCUUCAUGAACCUGAAGAUAAUCUCUUGUGAAGUUGAAUGCAAAUGUACUGUCAUUCAUAGUGUUUAUAAAAAAACCAGGAAUUUCACUUUUGCUACCUUGAUAUAUAGCAUUGGGCUAUCAUGUUAACAACAUUGAAAUACAUCGAUUUAUUAAAAAAAAAUACUUUUAUAAGAAA